AGAUGAAGUAGACGUGAUUAAAAUCUGCAAACUCAUUGUUUGCUCUCUUCAAUGAAAUAUGUCACAAAGAAAAUGCUCAAAUUGAUCAGAGUUGAGGCAAUUCCUAGAUAAAUGGUUAAAUGAAAUUGUUUAGUCAAUAGUAUUCUACUGAACUUCUGUAGAAGCAAUACAAUUUGGUUAAUAACAUCUCACAGAAUCCCGUGACAUGAGUCACUCAACAAUCUCUUUGCCGGCUUUCACACACACAUUCUUCACCUGCUGAUGAAAUCCAGCGAAAUCAUUCCUACGCAGCGCUCGUCAAUCAUACUAAGGUUUUCUUUUUAUCUUCGCUGCUGUAUUCGUUCACACCAAAAUCAUGCUUGUAUUGAAGGUCAUAUUAUGCUUUUUAACUUAUCCACAGUCACGCUUGUCCCAUUGAAUUUUGGCAAAGCGCGUCGCAAUAGCAUGAACACAUGAACGCGGAGGUGUGCGUAAACUUAAAUUUUGUAUUUAUAUGAUCCCGCACUGUCGAUAUUACGUCAGUUGAUCAAUAGGAGUGGAAGUGAAGUAAAUUCUGCAUCUUUCGGUGGCUUUUAGUGCCCUUUAGCACCCAACAACAAUGGAUUGCACACUUGUAAUUCUAAGUUUAAUCACUUUCGUGGUAGUUGGCUACUUGUGGGUGAAGAAGCAGUACAGAUUCUUCGAGGAAAAGGGAAUUCCAUUUGUGAAGCCCAGAUUUCCCUUCGGAAAUCUCUGGGGAGUCGGCAAAACAAUUCACUCUGGUGAAUUUGUUCGUGAUUCUUAUGUGAAACUGAAGGGGAAAGAUGUAAUUGGUGGUGUAUUCUUCUUCACAAAUCCCGUCGUCAUGCCUGUGGACUUGGACUUCCUGAAGCACGUUCUCGUGAAGGACUUCAAUUACUUCCACGAUCGCGGAGUUUACGUGAACGAGAGAGAUGAUCCUCUGUCUGCACAUCUCUUCGCCAUCUCUGGCCAAAAGUGGCGACACAUGAGAAAUAAACUCAGUCCAACCUUCACAUCUGGCAAGAUGAAGAUGAUGCACAGCACAAUCAUUGCCGUGGCGCACGAAUUCCAAGAGUAUCUGGGAAAGCACGCCGAGAAGAGCGAAGAAAUUGAGCUGAGAGACAUCCUGGGAAGAUUCACGACAGACGUCAUUGGAAGCUGCGCCUUUGGACUUGAAUGCAACAGCUUGAAAGAUCCCAACACACAAUUCCGUGAAAUGGGAAAGAAAGUCUUCGAUAUGAAAGGCUUUGAAUUCUUGCGACUUCUCUUCUCUUCUAUGUUUCCAAACAUUGCCAGAGGACUUCGCAUGAAAAUCACAAAACCAGAUGUUUCGGAAUUCUUCACGAAUGUUCUCAGGGACACAAUUGAGUACAGAGAGAAGAAUAAUGUCAAGAGAAACGACUUCUUGUCACUCCUCAUUCAAAUUAAGAACACCGGAAAACUCGAGGGUGAAGAUGUUGAUCUGGGCAUGAUUACAUUUGAAGAAUUGACAGCACAGACUUUCCUUUUCUUCAUUGCUGGCUUUGAAACAUCUUCAUCCACAAUGACAUUCGCCCUGUAUGAAUUGUCAAAAGAUCAAAAAACUCAGGAUCGCGCCAGAGAUGAAGUGAAUAGAAUCCUCGAGAAAUACAACGGAGAAUACACUUAUGAAGCUUGCAUGGAGAUGAAAUUCAUCGAUCAAAUUAUUAAGGAAACCCUGAGAAUGCAUCCAAUCGUUCCGAAUUUGAUCAGAAACUUAACCAUGGACUACCAAAUUCCUGAUCGCGAUUGGGUCUUCAAGAAGGGAACUUUCUUCAGUAUUCCCGUCAUUGGCAUUCACAAUGAUCCCGACAUCUAUCCCAAUCCAGCCAAAUUCGAUCCGGAUCGCUUCACCGAUGAGAACAUCAAGAAUCGCCAUCCCUUCGCUUGGCUGCCUUUCGGCGACGGUCCAAGGAAUUGCGUCGGCAUGCGAUUCGGCAUGAUGCAGACGCGCGUCGGAUUGGCGACACUUCUCAGCAAAUACCGCAUCACACCGACAUCGAGGACUCCCAUUCCCAUGAAAUACUCGCCAUCUUCCGCCGUUCUUGCGCCCUCGGGUGGAAUGUGGCUCAAAAUCGAGAAGGUCUAACUUCGACGCGUGGGAAAACUUAUCUACAGAGUGAUUAAGCAUUACAGUAUAUCUAUCAAUGUCGUUUCCCAGUAUUAGAAGAUAAGCAUGAAGUGGUAUUUUUAGUAGUUGUCCCUAAUCUAUGUGCAAAUCAACUCUAUCGCAAAGCGAAAAGCAUUGUGUAUAAGAUAGCAAACAUAUAGAAAGUGGGUGGUAGGCGAAAAUGCUAUGGCACUCCUUUGCCAAAUUCAGCCUUUUGCAAUAAAAGUUGCACUAAAAACUUUUUUUUGUCUCUGAUAUAUUUAAUUUGGUGCUAAAAAAACAUAUUUUUGCACAUUUAGGAAUAGAAAGAAAUACUUUCUUCUCAGCGUGAAAGUGUCUAAGGCCAAGCAUUUAAACCUUCAAUAAAACGUCUAAUGUCAAAUAAAUGUCACUGACAUUAUAACAUUGUAAUAAAAAGUAAUUCAUACACUAAAUCUAUGCAACAUUUAAUUGUCUAAUUCCAAAUUUAAGCUCAUCAUCAUUAAUUAUUCAUGUCAGAGAAGAGUAUUUAGAUAAAAUGACAGGAUAGUUGACCUAGUAAUUUAAAUGCGUGCUAAUUGAUAUCAU